AUGGUGUCCCUGAUUGUAUCCAGUGCCAAUGUCCUGGCUCUGGGCCCUCCCAGCAUGGUGCCUUCACCUCCCCCACGCUCCCUCUUUAUCAUCAGGACCUUCCCACCACCCCAGGCUGCCGUCCAUCUGGCCCGUGUUAGAAGGCAUCCUGCUAAAGAGGAGCCUGAGAUCCAGAGACAGCUCCCCAGGCCCACUCUGUGGGCCCAACCUGGAUUCGUGGUGGCCCCAGGGGCCAACAUCACUCUCUGGCUGAGACCCUUACAGCAGCAGGCCUCAGCAGAGCUCUGGACUAGCUUCCUGAUCCCAUAUGUGAGACCUGAAGACACUGGGAGCUACAGCUGUUCUUACAGGGAAAGGAAAGUAUCUUCUAGAGGAUCAGAGCCCAGUGAGGCCCUGGAGCUGCUGGUACCAGGAUCUCUACCCAAGCCUUCCCUCUCAGCCCUCCUUGGCCUUGUGGUGGAGCCCAGGAUGCAUGUGACUCCCCAGUGCCGCCAGCCUCAUCAGUCAUCCCUCUGGAGGGUGACAUUCACUCUGCUGAAGAUGGGGACCCCCAAGCCCCUGCAGAGCCAGAACUCAGCUGGGACCUCAGCUGCCUUUCCUUUCCUCUCUGUGAGGGCCCAGGAUGCUGGCAACCACAGCUGUGUCUACCACAGGAGGGUGACUUCAUACCAGGUGUCUGAGCCCAGCGAGGUCCUAGAGAUCUUGGUGACAGGAGCUCUGGUGGGAUCCUGUCCCACACCAAGCUGUCCAGAGCUGAAGACGAGACCACCCCUCUCUUCACCUCAACUCACUCCCUUCUCCUCAUCCCCUAUCUUCACCUCCCAAUUCCCAGGAGGCCCUGGAAGCACAGCCAACCCCUGA